ACUACGUUAACAGUUCGUCGUUGCAGAGCUUGGCUUGGUGCGGUCGUUGCUUACAAAAAAGUGUCAUUGUUGUUGACAGUUUUUACGAUUUCACGGCGUCGGAAAAAGGGUUCGAACUAAGCAAAGGCGAAUCGAUACGCAUAAUACGUUCUGGCACUAUUACCGAUGGUGACAUGUGAUCUUUCGAAUGUCGAUCUCCGGUUCGCGCGAAUUCCUGUGCUCAGCUGCUGUAUUUUUGAUGAUGAUUAAACAUCAGUAGCGAAAAAAAAUAGUGACGACCACAAUCGGGAAAUAAUUUGCUCCGACUAACCAAGGUGCGGAAAAUAAUUUGCAAUUUAAAAUAAAUGAUUCGUUCUGUGGUGUUCGUGUGUUGUGAUUGGUGACUGAGAAUAAAGCGCAGGCGAACAUUCGCCUACACCUGUGUUCCUUAUCCAAUAGCAGAGUUCCCAAGCACCCGCCGAUAACCGACUGUGGAAAUGACCGAAAAAUAGCAAUAUAACAAAUGUAGAAAAGCAAAGUGUUUAUCUCGAAGACGAAGAAAUUUCCGAAAAGCAAUCAUCUGUGAUAACCCAGUUCGGUUCCAAUAUUGGAACAGGUGAACAGGAAAGUUAAGUGAAUCUAAAUGCAUUGAAGUGAGAUUUCAUCCCAGGAAGAAAAAGAAGAAGAAGAAACCAAACAUUUUCCUCGUUGGGAAGCAAUGUGGGAGCUUAUUAUUUUGAAAGCGAGUUGUUAGUGCCCAGUGGAGUGUAUGAGUUUCCCAAAUUCGAAGUUGCUCAACGGCAACAAGAAUAAAAACAAAAAUCGAAACAACGGGAAGCCACGCGCGGAAGAUUUCAAGCCUCCCCGGCAGAAGCUAUGAUAUCAGUGAAACGUUGUACAGCUACCAAUAUCAGUACCAACGGCCAUCAUCAUCCUCACCACAAUCCGCACGGUAAUAGCCCCAGCCACCACCACCACAAUCAGCACCAUCGCCAGAACGGUACGGUUCAGGUCCGCAGCAGUAGCGCAGGUCGCGCUGGCAGCAACAGUGGUUCCUCCGGUGGCUGUGGCAGCAACAACAACAAUCGGCUGAUCCGCAGCCGAAACAGUCCGUCUCUGGGUGCUACUAACGGGUACUCUUCCGGCGGUUUCCCCGGAGGAGGACCAGCAACGGUCGCCGCGUCGCUGACUAAUGGUGGAUCGUACUCGAUCAUCACGAAUGGCGGUAGCUUGUACUACAGCACCAGCAACAACAGCAUAGCGGGACCGAAAAGUUUGGGAAGUGAGGGACCAGUGAGUAAGACGGUGGUAGCGGCUGCGGCGAGUACCGGUGCGGACAUAUUCGAACUGGACAGUUUGUUCCUGGUGCCAAAAUGUGCCCUCACGUACGAUAAGGCUAUGAGCCUGCGGAAGGAUCUGGCGGCAUAUGAUUUCAACAUUAGGAUACUCGAGGAUACACCAAAGGGGAACGUUUGGAUAUCUGGAAACAGGGAUGCAACCAUACAAAAACAGAGCCGGCCAUCUUCAGCUAAUAAAGACACCCGUCCACACUCUAUGCAUCUGCAUACUCUGCACUGGUUUGCCUGCGUAGGCGAAGAUUACGAUAGCAAUGGUUAUGGUAACGAAGAAGACCUGCAAAAAGAACGCGAGGAGCGGAUAAAGCAGAUCAAAGAACGCCAGAAUGAGGAACGGCAGCGAAAGCUAGAGGAAAUCAAGGCACAAGCACUGGCCACGCAGAAAUACCGGGAACAGAAAGAAGAGGAACGGCGCCGUCGAAUGGAGGACCUUAGGCGGCGGGAAAACGACCGGCGCUCACAGGCCGAGGAGCGACGGCGUGCGAUACAGGAAGCGGACAACGAACGGCGACAGUACAUCCUGCAACGGAACCAGGAACGGGACCAGAGAAUGGAAAGCAAACGGCGCAACGAGCGCAGCUCGAUACAGUUCGCCUUUGGGUCGUCGACGCCACGGAUGAUCGACACCACCGACAGCGGCAUGUGCAGCUCGUUCUGGGCAAACCGGAGAGCGACAUCUAUCACGAAUGUGGCAUACACGGGGGCACCACUGACGCGUCGCAGUUCCGAACGGGAACUGACCGAUGGCAGUUCCAAGAAACGUGCUACCUCCGCUAGUGGUUUAGACCGAUCGACCGACGACAUGCGACGGAUGUCCAGCUCCAUGUACGAGGUGUUCAACUGGGCCAGCACCAGCGAGUGCCCGAAGAAGUUGACCCUCUCGCUGGCCGGCUCCAGUAUCAACAUCGACGAGCCCCCGUCCAAGGCGGAACGAGCGGCUGCGGCGGCGGCCGCCAUGAGAAAGGACGAUUCAGCUGACAUGAGCUACCAGCGUACCGUCAAUCGUCGCAAAACCGAUCUUAUGCCCACCAUUCCUAGUCCUCGCGAUAGCUCUAGAUCAUCUCUCGGCACUCACACCCCCAGAACACCAGGUCGAGCCUUCUCGAUGACACGCCUGGACCAGCUGGCACAGCCACGUCGCCGCAACGGCGAACACAUCAGUGCAAUCAUCGAACGCGAACGCCGCCAGGCCCACGAGCUGGAGAACCUGACCCGGCUGUCCCUGUCCUCGUCCCGGGCGUCCCCAACGGCGGACGGCGGCGCCAGUAGUAAGCGCAUGUCCCGCAGCAUGUCCCAGCUGGCCAGUCCGUCCUCGUCCAAGUACCGACACCCAUCGCAGGAGUCCCCGCACUCGGCCGGGCGCCCCGGUCGGAAAUCUUCCUUCAACUCAUCGCUGGGCGACUCGAUGAUGAUGGGUGCCGGUCGGCUGGACACCUCCAAGAGCAUGUCCCAGCUCAACACGGCCGGGCGGGUUUCGCGGCUUACCAAGACCGAAAGACUGCGCCAGCAGGUCCGCGAGCAGCUGAACGGAUCGGCGUCCACCGGCGCUUCGUCUUCUACGACCGCAACAGGUUUGCGAUCCGGUGAAAUCACGCCCAACAGUCUGAACACGUCCCGCCCGGGCAGUGCAAUGUCCAACUCGACGACGGCCUCCGGUGUGGUCUAUCGGCGGUCUCUGCCGCACUCAGCUGGAAGCCAUCAGCAGCGGAAGCAGCGGCCCGUCUCGAUUGCCGUCACCGGCGUUUCGGCGGGCCCGAAAGAAGAAAAACCUCCACUUCCGAAAAUAUCAGCAACGAAUAACAGUAGCUCCACCAGUUUGGAGCGCAAGCGUUCCCAGAGUGGAACCAGCACUCCAUCCAGGCCAAUCACAGCACCAGACAGUGCAACACCUAAGAAACACCACACUCCGAUGGAAAGGCAACGGCUAGGCAGCGGUACCAGCAGUGUUCGUGGUACUCCUAAGGCAUCAUCGACCCCGCUACAGUCACCUGGCCCCGAGAAAGCAAACCGCACACUGCAGGACUCGCUACAGAAACAGAAGAAACAGCCAUCGGUAGUCGACGAUCACUCGCAACAGCAGCAUCAGCAACAACCACAACAGCUGUUGCCACAGCAACAGCCACCGUUGUUGGCGAAGGAAGGUUCUUCGGUCAGUGCGAAGAGCAGCAACGAAGAGAAGGUGGAAGUAGUGCAGCAGGAACAACAAAAGCAGGAGGAAGUGGUUGUGCAAUCAAACGAAGUCAUCACCGUCGUUGAAACUGUUGAGCAGCAACAACAGGUGGUUGUAGUUAGUGAAACAAAAGUUGCCGAGGAAGUGCAACCAGAGGAGGAGAAAGUCGAACAGCCUCCACAAGUCAUGGAAGUCAGCAGUCACGAAGAGAAGAAAGAUGAAAUGAAGGAAAGUACCAUCGCGAGCAACAAAUUGGAACCCAAUCCAACUUUGGAUGGUUCCAAUGCAGACUUGAUGACUGCCUCCAUGAUCGCCAAGCGCAUCAACACAGAAGAGGAAGCCAAAGCAGCUUUGGCCGAACGGCGCCGUUUGGCUCGCGAAGAGGCAGAACGCCUAGCCGAGCUCGAGCGGCAGCGAAUCGCUGCAGAAGAGGAAGCCGAACUCCAGCGCCAGCUAGAGGAGGAAGAGCGUCUCCGCAAGCUGGAGGAGGAAACCAUUCGCUUGGCCGAAGAGCAGCGCCGACUGGAAGAGGAACGACUCCACCAAGCCAUCCAGGACGCUCAAAAGCGCGAAGAAGAGGAACGCCAGCGCCGUGAAGAGGAGGCUCGCCAGAAGGUGGAACGCGAGGAGGCAGAAAAGAAGGCCCGCGAAGAAGCCGAACGGCAACGCAUCGAGAUGGCCGAGCGACUUAAGAAGGAGGAGAAGGAGCGCGAAGAGCGACGCAAGCGGGUGGAAGCCAUCAUGUCUCGCACGAGAACUAAGGGAAGCGCCAACAACACGCCAACGAAGCAAUCCGACGAAAACAAAGAUAAUGCCAUGAGCAAGAGUGUGAUUGUGACAUCUAGUACUGCAUCAACGAUGUUGGACCAAACGAUGUCGAUGACCGAAUCGAUGCUGGGUUCGAUCGAACAGCAACAGCAACCAACGGAAGAUGCGGAAGCUGCUGCUCAAACGAUUGAAGAGAAAACAGAAUCGCUCGCUCAAAGCCUCCAAUCGCUGUCCCUAACGGCGACGGAAGGAAACCAGCAGAACCAGGAGAACAAUAACAGCAGCAGCAACAGCAGCAACGAUAGCAGUCUAAUCAGCAACAAUCACAACAACAAUGUGAACAGCGGUUUCACGACGACUGCUGCCAGCAGCAACAAUGCCACCGACUACGAACGCUCGGUGACGGAGAAGGAAAACCUUCUACUAGGUAGCUUUAACAAUAAUCUAAAGAAUAGUAACGCCACCAGCAACGGAGGCAGUGAUAACGGCAGCAGUCUGCAGCCAUCGUUGGUGGAGUCCAGCUCGACGCCAGCGGCUGCCCAUGUCAAUGGAAAGUCCACCAACGCCGGUGAUGCGACGACAAUCGCCGAAACGACCGAGCUGAUCAUCGAGGAUGCGAUCAUGAGCGGUCAAACCAACGGUCACAAGAACGGCAGUAUUGAUAAUGUGUUUACACAAAAUACACCGGCUGUUGACGGUUCCGCGAAAUUCCUAGCGCACUUCGACACUCAGCCACUAGACUUUGCGCUCUCGUCAGCAGCCGACGGCGUCGAAAGCAGCGAUAAUCACAAUCAGCUGGAUUCGACCACCUCUACCAGUACGAGUACGACGACAACGACCGGCACGACAGUGGUUGGUCAGUUGAUCGAGUUCAGUAGUUUCCAAUCGCUGCCCGACGAGGCACAGCAGCAGCAGCAACAGCAACAAACCAUUAGUGAUAACGACGAUCCCUUCAACCUUAACCUCGACAACAACAACAGCUUGCCCGCCGUCGAUGGCAGCAGCAGCCAUGUUGAGCUACUCGAGAGCAGUAGUAACGGUACCUCAAACCCCUUCUCCAAUUCCCUGUUCACCAGCAGUGAUGCAAAUCUGAUUAGUAAUAGCAAUUUCCUAAAUAAUAAUUCCACGAGGCUAGUCGCAACAUCCGACAGUCAAGACAACCGAGACUUGUCGCUCUUGUGAACGAGUAAAUUGAACUAGAUUUUAAAUUGCGUGCGUGCGUGCGUGAUCUACUCAUCCCAACUCACGUUUUGAAUGCGGCGCAACGCUACACAUCUGGACCCCAGAAACGGAAAGGUAACCAAACCGUGUGAGUAUCGGAAGCAACGCAACUUCAUAGGUAACGCCGCUACUUUAAGAAACUGUAGGUUUCCUAUAUGGGAUCUGUGUGGGCACUUGUGUACAGUUUGUGAGGAAGGAUCAAAGAGAACAGAACAUAGUAAUGCGUGCAUGCGUGUGUAUGUAAAUUGGAAGCUUUUUAGGUUAGGUGUGCGGGAGUUUAGCUGCAAAACUAGUGCUGUACUAAAAUGAGACAGAAAAAGUUCGAUUAGGAAAACAAAAAAGGCGCUGCUUUGUUGCUUCAGCAGUCCAUAGGCAUGCGUGCGUACGUUGUAUAGGAAAUUGUAUCCUCACUAGUGGGUGAUAAGGAAGCAGGGAAAACGUAAGAAAAAUAGAGGAGGUACUAGAAUCAAUAUGAGAGACGGACGGCGAUGCGCUGAAAGAGUUGUAGCUAGUUAGAUUUUUUUUAAUUGGGUGAGCUCGAAAGAGGAUUGGCGAAUGAUCUGAAUAAUUGAAGGAGGAACGGAUGGGACCGUUAAGUCAGGAUCUGGAAACAUGUAUCGGUCGCCGUAUGUAAAUGGUAUUUUCGGUAGUAAUGUUUUGGAGUGUAUCUUUGUGUAGUAAUGGGUGUGAGAUUAUGAGGUAUUAUUAUAUUUUGAAGACUUUUUCAAUUAGCGUAGAAAUGCCUAUAUUUACAAAUAUUUUUUCAUAUUUUUCAACAAAUUCCAUAUAUUUUUUUCAGAAAAUAUAUAAACUUAGAAAGCUUCCAUCCAAAUUGAAUUUUUUAUUUUAGUUUGAAGCCAAGUUUCUCAAACUUGGGUUUCAUUUUAGGCUACAAUGAUAAAGCAUUAUUGUAUUGUUUUUGCGCUGUUCAAUUAUGAAUUUAGGUUGCAGAAAUUUAAAUGCUUAUAAUAAUUUUUGCCGUACAAGGUUUUAGUUCCGGACUGAUUCAUAUUUGAAGGAUUUUCAAGCUUAUGAUCGGAGUUUGAUGGGAUUUUCGUUCAAUAAAAAGUAAACUAGAUUCAGAAAGAUGCACUUAAGCAUCUUUAGGUCUCCAGUUCUUCUUGCGAGUAAAGGCGUAGUGUUUACAAUCGGGAGAUGGCGAGUUUCCGGAUGAGAACCAAUCUCGACACCCUGGGCAUAGUGUAUCCACUGCACUUACCACACAAGAUACAUACUCAUGCAAUCGGUGGCAAAGAAAAGCUUUCAAUUGAUAACUAAGGAAAUGCUAAUAUUGAGUUGAAAUUUAGGCUAAGUUCCAGUUGGAAUGUAGAGCCAUAGAAGAAAACGAUUUCAAAACAAAACAAUUGAAUAAAGUAUCAUUCAGAAGUUUAUGAAUCAAUUUUGAAAACAUAAUUUCAUAAAUAAUCUAGUACUACAAUUCAAUCGAUUUGCUACAAAGAAAUUUGUGAUAGAAAUUUCUUAGAGAUCUGAACUGAUUCUCCUGUUGAGAGAAGAUUUUAGAUCUAAUGCUACAAGUUCUUUGAGAUUACGUUGUAUGUUCUUGUUCUUCAUUCUCGUUUUUUUUCAUAUUGAAACAAAAGGUCUCAGCAGUGUUCGUAUUUGCUGCUAUAUUUUUUGUUACAUUCAAUCUGGCAUUAAACUAUAACAUGCGAAGAAAAUUUUUUCAACAACGCAAUUCGAUAUCUUAUUUUUCCUUUAUAUUUAUGUUUAUAUUUUUUCAUAACGAUUUAAUAUUGAAAAAAUCAUGGAUAUGAACUGAUUUUCAAAGGUCACACAUUUUCGACAUUUUUAUAUUUAUCUACACAAUCGUGAUAUGUUAAAGGUAGUUUUACUUACUUAAAAAUGUAAUUAUGUGUGCAGAACAUUUCGCUUAAAAUUGUAGUUUGAUAUUUUUGUAUCUCGAUAGGUUAUGAUUAUGUAUAAUCUAGUACUUCAUUAUCAAACCCCCUAAACAACUACACUACAUGUUUACACUUACAUUUUAAACUUGAUCCUGAUACCUCUGUUUCAACUGACGAUUCCGGUGCCCGCCCACUCGCCGUCAGUAGGUGCUAUUUAUUAAAAACGUUAAACGAGUGGAGUUUCGAAGAAAAAAAUCACCUAGAUGUGUUGCAAAAAAUCAUAGAGCAUGCAGAACUUGAAUCAAAACAAAUCGCAAAUCGCUACUGACUGUUGAUUGCAAUUAGAACAAAAACACUGGAAUAAAAAUCAUUUCACCAAUUCAGGAUUUACUGCAUCUACAAACAAUACGAAACAGUUUCAACAAUAAAAUUCAGAUACAAUUUGAACGUGCUAAUAGAAUGGAAACUAUUGAAAUUACCGAAUCAAAGUAAUAUAUUACUAUAUAUUAUAUAAAUGUUGAGAAUCGUAAGUCACACUAUUCAAACAAAUUGAUUAUUAUUAUAAUUAUUGAAUUAUUACAUUUACCAGUUCUUAACAAACACUUCUUGACGUUGCGCAGGAAGUUUCAAAACAGAAAAUCCGAAAGAAUGUGAAAACAAAAUAUCAAAACUGAAGAAUAGGCCGAAACGAGCCGAGUAAGCUUAGUUUGACUAAUUUCUUAUAUAAGGAAAAAGCGAAAAUGCGCGAAAGCCUUUAGUGCAGUGUGUCGCUGAGACUUUAAAUACGAGAAAUGAAGUUAGAAAUGUUUAAACCUAAUAAAAAUUACUAGUAUUCUAAUCUGUUAAAUUAUGUAUAAAACACAAGUAAGAAAAAAGAAAACCUACCAUUACAAUGUAAUUUAAUGAUUACACAACACAAACACACAAAAUAAAUGUUGGGAGCAAUGAACCAACACGAAAACACUAACACUUACACAUAAACACUCUAAAAUGAAUACACACAACACUUGUGUUUAACUACACAGACAAACAUAUUGAAACGGGAGAAGCAUGUAAAGCGCAAUUCAACCGCAAACAUUGAUCGAGCGAGGGAGGUGAAACAAAAAAGUCAUUAAAACAAGUUAAAUCUACCUUCCGCUCCCCCUAGCAUAAGCAAUUAACCUCUAGAAAAGCUAAAGACGACGAUGACGGUAAAGUUGCAACAACGCGGAGCAGCUUGUAGCACCGUCAACUAUUCAAACUUUGAUUUUUGAUUUUAUUCCGCAAAAUACCAACAAAGACAUGAGAAAAUUAUCCCGAAAAUAACGUGUUAAUCAGCUAUCACACAAACACACACACUUUCAAAGCUGUUUUAGAUCGAUGGUUUCGUUUAGUUUAGUACGUUCCAUUUUCCAUUGCUUACGGGAAGACGCUCCAUCCGCAAUCAUAACCUCAAACACCACUGUUCCAGUUUCUCGCGAAGCAACUGAUCAAGCAGGAUGUGCUAUCGAAGUCCCCUUCAUUGAGUGGGUUGAAUGUUCUUUCAGAAACUAUCCAGAGAUUCAGCGAAUAUAUUUUUGAGAAUAUACGAAAACAGUAAAUCAACGGUUGUCCGCUUAGAAUUAGAUAGUACGAGGCACAUAAUAAUCACAGUCACUGCUUGAGGAUAGUCACACACAUUUACCAUUUAUAAAAAGCAAGAGUAUUCAUCUCAAAUAAAAGAUAGAAUGUUCACAAAAAAUUCCUUCGAUUAGAAUACAUGAAACACAAUCAGGAUAUAAAACCAUGCAAAAUAUAUUUUCUCAUGGUAAUUGGGUGGACAAUGGCUGAAAGUUAUAGCUUUGUGACAAAUGGGAUAUUGAACGGAGGACAGAAAAUGGAGCAAGAGCACGGGAAAGGACUUACUCCCGAAUAACUAGUUUGAUAGUAGACAAAAUACAACUGAUGAUGACUAACUGAGAUAUGAUGAAUGAAGAUGGAGAAAAGAAUAAAAAACAAAGAUGAUAAAACUGGCUGGACAGAGAAAAGAAGAUUAAUAAUUCUAUUAAUGCUUGUAAUAAAUGCUUUAUAUAUAAAAAUAUAUAAAAUCAAUAAAAACUAUUUAAACAAA